AUGUGGUCGACAUUUCUUCUUUUUGUUUACGUCGGGCAAAGCUUGGCCUCCUUGUCGGGGUCAGUCGGACUAAUCACUUCGUACGCCUCCAAGGCUGCGACGAAGGUCUGUAACAUCGUUGACUAUGGCGCGUCUACAAAUGGCAGCGAUAUUUCGUCUGCAUUUUCAAGUGCCUGGAGUGACUGUGCAGUCGGAGGUCUAGUCUACAUCCCACCGGGGAACUGGUCACUGGCCUCGUAUGUGUUCCUGAAGGAUGGUGUGCGCAGUGCCAUUCAGCUUGAUGGAGUUAUUCACCGGACUGGAUCCGAUUUCUCUACGCUGCUGAGUUUUCGAAACUGCCAGGACUUUGAAUUUUUCAGCGGGAAUUCGAAGGGUGCGAUUCAGGGUUACGGACACGAGUACCUCGCCACUGGUGACUAUGGUCCUCGCUUAACCCGAUUUCAGGAGAUGGGAAAUUUUUCGGUCCAUGGAAUUGCGCUCAUUGAUUCGCCUUCUUACUACUUAACCCUCGACACGGUUAGUAACGGCGAGAUCUACAACAUUAUUAUGCGUGGGCCUACCGUCCUGGGAGGCACCGAUGCGAUCGAUGUAUGGGGGGACAACGUCUGGAUCCAUGACAUUGAGGCAACAAACGGCGAUGAAUGUGUGACUGUGAAGAACCCAUCUUCAAACUUUCUGAUUGAGAGCAUAUAUUGCAACUUGAGCGGAGGAAAUGCAAUCGGCUUCUUGUGGACCGGCACUGAUAUAAGCAACAUCACCUAUCGUCAUAUCUAUGCGAACAAGGCCGACCCUUGUUAUAUCAAAUCGAAUGGUGGAAACGGGACGGUGAAAAACAUUCUCUGGGACACCGUCAUUGUCCGCGGUGGGCCAUAUCCUCUCACAAUCAACUCCGAUUGGGAGAGUGCGGACGGGGGUGCCGAUGGGGUUUUCAUGACAAACCUCACAUACAAGAACUGGCAUGGAUACAAUGCGGAUAACUCUCGACCGAUCAUCCGUCUGGAAUGUCCUGCUGAAGUUGCAUGCACAGAAAUAACCCUGGAAAACCAGAAUCUGCCAGAAUGCAUAUGGAACGGGCGGUUGUUUGAGAAAGGACGAGGUCUCAGCUUCCAGCUAUACUUCAAGUCGGACAUUGACUGCAAGACCAUCUUUUUCGACUUCCUGGAUGCCGAAUGA